UAUACGCAAAUACAUUUUAAAUGCUGUUAAAAAUACUUCCGAGUUCAAGAAAUGGCACUGUCACAGGUUCAUUGUCUCGAUGAUAAUCACAUCAACUUGCGCACUAACGAGUCCAAGCCGGAGUUCUUCUACAGCGAGCAGCAGAGACUCGCGCUGGAGACACUCAUACAUGAGGGACGGGACGCUUAUGAGGACUACAUCAAAACACACAACAUCCGCUGCUUUCUCUCGGACCUCGAACUUGAGAGGAUCCUCAGCACCGUGGAGGUGUACAGCCCGGGCUCCCCUGAUGAUAGCGCUGAGCUGCUGCUGGGGGACAGUGAUGGGGAGGACAUGUCCCUUCAGUACUGGCCUGAACGCUCGGACCGCUCCAUCCCGCUGCUGGACAUCGGCUGGCCGGACCGAGCGUCCUACCGCGGAGUCACUCGAGCUCAAGUGUACACUCAGCCCCCUUAUGAGGGGCAGUCACAUAUUAAAGAGGUCGUUAGAAAAAUGAUCUCCCAAGCACAAAAGGUUAUUGCAAUUGUCAUGGACUUGUUCACAGACACUGACAUCUUCAAAGAUCUUCUGGAUGCAAGCUACAAACGGAAAGUUUCUGUUUACAUUAUGUUGGAGACCACCGGAGUGAAGCACUUCCUGAGAAUGUGUGAGAAAGCAGGCAUGCACACAGGACACCUCAAGAACUUGAGAGUGCGCAGCAUUAGAGGGGCAGAAUUUUUCAGUCGAUUCUCAAAGAGAGUGUGUGGAAGCCAAAGCCAGAAGUUCAUGUUUAUUGACGGAGACAAAGCAGUCUCAGGGUCAUAUAGUUUCACAUGGUCUGCCUCUAGACUGGACAGAAACCUCAUCACAGUUCUCACAGGCCAAGCAGUCGACACAUUUGACUUAUUGUUUCAGGACAUGUACGUGAUGUCUAAUGGAGUGUGUCUGAGCAAGAUUAAUCUGAGCAGUGAGCCUGAACCUGAGUUCCUCCCUAAAGUGGUACCCAUUCUAUUCCCCUCAGCCACCACAGCACUCAAGCUCAUUAAUCCAAAGUACACUCUUGUCUCCAACUGUGUAUUCACUACCAACGGAACUGCAUCAAACCAGACAAGUGCCAAGAACAGCACUUCCAAGAAUCAGACGGAAGUCAUCAAACAAAUUAAAGAGACACCAGUGGUGCCACCGGUUCACCCGGGACUGCUCAACCUGGAAAAGGCGAACAUGAUCAAUUAUGUGCCGACCUGGCCGGAUCCUGACCCGCCGAGUGAUGUCAUUGGUUUCAUUAACAUAAGAGACUCCAACAAGCCAUUACAAGCUCACCUAAUGCGUUCAGAACUCUUUGAAGUGUCUCAGGCCAUCCGAUUCAAGGAUCCUUUUCUUGAGGCAAAGGAAUCUUUAUAUCUGAGGGCUUGUCCUGGACCCAUAUCCCAAACUCCCUCUUUUCCUGAAGCUCCAGCUCAGAAACAAACAUCAGGUGAAGCACAGAAGAGUUUUGAUCCAAAUCAACAUCAAAGAAGCAGCCGGAAUGAGACUCUUAUCUCGCCUUUUGAGAAGCUGGAAAGAGUGCAUGUGCUUGCCUGUAAGAAAGUAAAUAAAGAGGAACUAUGUGUGAUGGAAAAAGAGGUGGACUUUAUAUCUUUGCAGAGCAAAAGCACUAAUAAAGAAAAAGACAUUCCCAAUACAAUUUCAUCUUCGGCUCAAGACGAUACAGAUACAAAGCAAGCUCUGGACAAUCUACAACCUCCAAAAUGUCCUGCCCAAAUCUCAGAGGAUCUUGACUUGAAAUCAUCAUCAUCAGCGAUGUCCAACAAAAGUCAUCAUGACACAUUUGCCCUCAUAGACACUCCUUCUGUUAAGCAAAGCCAAGAUGACCAAGUCAUAAAUGAUGUUGCUACUCAAGACCACAGCGAUACAAAUCCAGAUACAAACCAAAAUGGCUGGAAAGGUACACAGACGUCUAACUUUGGCUCCAGCAACUCUUCAUUGUCUGAUGAAUACUAUGAGUGUUUUAGCCCUGUGGCUGACUUUAAGUCUGUAGGAGAUGUCUUUUUGCCUGAAGUUAAACCAGAAUAUUUGCACAAUUCGAUCCAAAACGGUAACAGACAGCAGGAAGUUCCUUGUUCAAAUUCAUCCCAAGCUCAAGACGGUGCAGAUUUGGCUAACAAACAGAACUUGUUUAUUCCCAAACUUUUAAAAACAUCUUGCAGUAUUGUUUUCAGUUACUUAUCUGCAGGCAUCAAAACAACAGCUGCAACUUCCAAAACCACCUUUGCCCAAAAAAGAGACCAAGGUACCAUAAUUAAUGAUAGUAAGCUACUAGACAGUGAAACCUGCCAUUUCUCACAGAUCGCUAAUGGUCACUUCAAAUUCUCUUCGACUUCAGAGGAAUACUUUGAGUGCAGUGGUUCAGUGGGUUUGAAGUCAGAAAAUGACUGUAUUGAUCAUAAAGUGAAACCAAGCUCAUUGGGGACAUUAAGCUCGAAUGAACAACUACAGGUACUGAAGCAUGUCCUGGAAACUGAGAAUCUAUCUGAGCUGAGCAGCCAGAACACAAAAGAAAACAAUAAACCUAAAAUGCAUUUUGUACAGGAGCAGCCCGAAUUUCAACAAAUACUAGAUAAGGCAGCAGACCUGGCAGUUUUUAAGUCUGGAGAUAAUGCCCAAACUCAACUGGAUGAGAAAGUUCACAGACAAGUACAAGAGACUGAAGUUACGUCAGAGCCAGUGGUAGAAAGCAAAUUGAUGAGUAACAUUUCUCAAGAAAAUGAGAUAAGUGAAUCUCUGAGGGUUUUAGAGAUACAGUCAAAGGAGGAGUCUGUAGAGUUAGCUGAGAACGUUCAAAAAGUGCCAAUGCAAGACUUAAAACUUGAGGUAAGUCCAGAGUUAGCCUGUGAGCAACCUGAAAAAGAGCCACUACAGGACAUACAACUUAAUGAAGAUCUGGAUUUAUUAUGUGAGGAAAAGUUUGUACUGUUAGCUGAGAAAGAUUCAAAUCCACACCCGCAGGACAUCGAGUCUCAAGUAAGCCAAGAUGUAAAGUGUGAGGAACAAUCUGUAAAAAUAGCUGAGAAAACUGCAAAACCACCACUGCAGGGCUUUCAACCUGAGAUUUAA